AUGAUGUCGACUGCGGCGACGGCACCAGCAGCAGCCUUAAAUGUACUGAAGAUUUUUGCUGCGGUUCAGCACGACCCCGUCACCAUCUACGCCACCCCCGACGCCGGCACCUACACCGUACCCUACAGGGGGAGGGCCUUCACCCCCACCAGGCACAAGAGGCCGUGA